GUGUGAGAGUUUACUUGGGUGUCACAAUUUACAGCUGACAACUUGAACUACAAGUGAUCACCGGAGCUAAGUAUUUUGAGAUUGAACUCCCCUGCCCCUUGCUUUUAUCUAUAGGAAUGAGUGGAAAGAAUAUGGAGGACCUGGAUCAUAAACUGCCUCUGGUGGAGGAUACAAACGUGCGAGUGCUUCGAGAAACGGAAGCAUCGCAAGUGCCCGACGACCAGGCAGAUUAUCCCGUCGCCGGAGCAAACUCCAUCUACUCGGCCAUCCUGAGCAGGAACGAGGCAGUCAGGGAUGCCAAGCGUCUCAAGACUUUCAUGGAGCUGCGAGACAAAUAUGUGAAAAAGAAGGUGCUCUUCGAGGACCCUCUUUUCCCGGCCUGCGACUCCUCACUCUUUUACAGCCACCAGAAGCCCCCAAUGAAGUUUGUGUGGAAACGACCCUCGGAAAUAUGUGAAAACCCUCAAUUCAUCGUGGAUGCAGCCAGCAGGACGGACAUCUGUCAGGGAGAGUUGGGUGACUGCUGGCUGCUCGCCGCCAUCGCCUGUCUGACUUUGAACGAGAAGCUUCUCUACAGAGUGAUUCCUCGGGAUCAGAGCUUCACUGAAAACUAUGCCGGAAUCUUCCAUUUCCAGUUCUGGCGUUAUGGCGAGUGGAUCGAUGUGGUUGUUGACGACCGCAUCCCCACCUACAACAACCGGCUGGUGUUCACCAAAUCCUUCCGGGAGAACGAAUUCUGGAGCGCUCUUCUGGAAAAAGCUUAUGCCAAGCUGAAUGGCUCUUACGAGGCCCUGAGAGGAGGGAACACUCUGGAAGCUAUGGAGGACUUCACAGGAGGAGUCACCGAGUUUUUUGAGUUGUCUGAGGCGCCCAAAGAGAUCUAUCAGAUCAUGAGGAAGGCCCUGCAAAGAGGCUCGCUGAUGGGGUGCUCCAUUGAUGUUACGUCCCCCAGUGAAAUGCAGUCUAAAACCGAACUUGGACUGGUGCGGGGACACGCCUACUCCAUCAUAGCCCUGGAGGAGUGUGACGAGGUUGCAAAGGACAGCAAAAUGCGCCUAAUCCGCUUGCGCAAUCCCUGGGGCCGAGUGCUAUGGAAGGGACCUUGGAGCGCAAACUCAAAAGAAUGGUCCACGAUUUCCAUUGCAGACAGGAACAACCUUAAAAAGCAAACUGUUGAGCAGAGUGAGUUCUGGAUGUCCUUUGACGACUUCAAGAGGAACUACACCAAGCUGGAGAUCUGCAACCUGACCCCCGACACGCUGCAUGGUGAUGAAAGACACAGCUGGAACGAGUCCGUCAACGAGGGCCGAUGGGUCCGAGGCAGCUCAGCAGGGGGCUGCAGGAACUUCCCAGAUACCUUCUGGACCAACCCUCAGUAUCACUUGCGGCUGUACGAGGAUGACGACCCAGAGGAGUCGCGGGACCUCUGCACCGUGGUUGUGGCUCUCAUGCAGAAAGGUCGCCGCAUUCAGAAGCAGCUCGGGCCCAGGUUCCUCACUAUUGGCUUUUCUAUCUACGAGGUGCCAAAAGAGAUGUGUGGCUGCAAUCGACAUCUCCAGAAGGACUUCUUCCUUUAUAACGUCUCCAAGGCGAAAUGCAAACAUUACAUGAAUCUGCGCGAAAUCACAGAGCGUGUCAGGCUGCCACCGGGUGAAUAUGUCGUCAUCCCCACUACGUUUGAGCCUCACGAGGAGGGCCAGUUCAUCCUGAGGGUCUUUUCCGAAAACAGGAGCACCUCAGAGGAAGUGGACGACACAAUCGGGACUAAUCAAACUAAGGACGACAAGAAAAGGAAGGACAAGCCGAUUGUGUAUGUGUCCGACCGAGCAUUCGCCAACAAAGAAAUCCUGCAUGACGGCAUUCGGGGGGAGAAAAAGAAGACGCCCAAAAAAAAACUCCUUCAGCCCGAGGAAGAAACUGAAGAGGAGAAACAGUUCCGCGUCAUGUACCAACAAAUAGCCGGCGAGGAUAUGCAGAUCUUCGCCAAUGAGCUUCAGACCAUGAUGAAGAACGUGCUCUCCAAAUCGCACGGAAAGACGAUGGAGGGUUUCAGCCUGGAGACGUGUCGCAGUAUGAUUGCCCUGAUGGACACAGAUGGCACAGGAAAACUAAACCUACAGGAGUUUAAGCACUUGUGGCGGAAAAUCAAGCAGUGGCAUGUCAUCUUCAAAGGUUACGACAAAGAACAAACGGGCUCCAUCAGCAGUUUCGAGAUGAGAAACGCCGUGAAUGACGCAGGCCUCCACCUCAACAAACAGUUGUAUGACAUCAUCGCCAUGCGCUACGCCGACAAGCGCCUCAACAUUGACUUUGACAGCUACAUCUGCUGUUUUGUGAGAUUGGAGGGCAUGUUCAGGGCCUUUAACGCUUUUGACAAGGAUGGAGAUGGACUCAUCAAACUCAAUGUGCUGGAGUGGCUUCAGCUGACCAUGUAUUCGUAAACAUCUCCACGCCUAACCCGGUCCAUCCACAAAGCAGCAAAUCUUUGAUUGAAAUGAGCUGUCGUUCUGUAGGUGUUAAUUUCACAGUCAGAACAAUACACAUUUAUUUGAACAAAACAAA